AUGCCAUCCUUCUCACGGGAAGGAUUCACGAUCGAUGUAGUGGGUCGGGCGGUGCGGAAAACCCUCCUCAAUCCUACCCUCUCCAUCCCCUUAGCUCUUGCCAUUCGCUGGGCCUUGUCACGAGGUUCCAUCCACGACGUCAAGGUCCUACAAAGGCUAGAGAACACCCGGCGCUUGGUCUACUUGCUGGCUGCUUUCGGCGCCUUCCUCAACGCCAACGAGUACUUGAACCGGCAGGUGAAUAACAACUGGACAAGCAAGUCGCAGUGGGAUUGGGAUAACAAGGAGAUCAUCGUUGUUACCGGAGGAAGCAGCGGUAUUGGCGCAAACCUCAUUGGAAAGUUGCUCGACCGCAACCCAAACACGAGGAUCGUCGUCAUUGACUUCGCGCCGCUGGCAUGGGAGCCGCCAAAGGGUGCGCGAAUACACUACUACCAGUGUGACUUGAGCGAUUCCGCUAGCCUUCAUGCCGUUUGCGAGCAGAUACGCCAAGAAGUCGGCCACCCCACCGUCCUCGUGAACAAUGCGGGCAUCUGUCGCGGCUACACCAUUUGCGAUAGCGCGCCUAUUGAUGUAGAGGCAACUAUACGGACAAACCUCACAGCUCCUUUCUUGCUGGUCAAAGAGUUUCUGCCAGAAAUGAUCCACAAUAACCAUGGCCACAUUGUCAACAUUAGCUCCAUGAGCGCGUAUAUCCCCCCCAGCAAGAUGGGCGAUUAUGGCGCAACGAAAGCGGGAGUGCUCUCGAUGCAUGAGGCACUCCAGCUGGAGCUUGCCAAUAUUCACAAGGCGCCCAAUGUUAGGCUGUCGGUUGGCAUAUUCAGUUUCAUCCGCACACAGCUCAUCAGGGGCGAAACUAGGCAAUUCAACUUCCUCUUCCCUGUUCUAGAUGUCAAUACUGUAGCUCAGGCACUCGCCGACACUAUACACAGUGGAUACGGUAGGACGAUCUACCUGCCUGGCAUCAUGAGUUAUGUUGCCAUCUUGAGGGGAGGACCGGAAUGGCUCUGGCGUAUGAUUCGACAAGAAACGAACAAAUUUGCACUCGACUUUACGGGAAGGCAGAGAGUGGAUCCGGAGACAGGCAGGAUUUCCGCUAUUUAG